UCAAGAUGGCGGAUCAGUUCGAGUGGCCAUGGCAGUACAACUUUCCGCCUUUUUACACAUUACAACCUAACCUUGAUACAAGAAAUAAGCAGCUGGAUGCGUGGUGUGAUUUGAUCUUAUCAUAUUACAAAAACAAGAAGGCAUACAUGCUAGAUGUUACAGAGGCAAUGUCAAGUGAACUCUUUUAUAAUAAGAAAAUUAAUAGAAAACUAUCCAAAGAAGCAUUAGAUACUAUUCUAGAGGAAUUGAAUAAAAAAGGUAAUCUAGAAUGGGAAGAUAAAACAAAACAAAGAUGCCACGUGAUGUGGAGAAAACCAGAAGAAUGGGCAGCAUUGAUAUUUAAAUGGAUUGAGGAUAACAGUAUGACUGACACUGUCUGUACUUUAUACGAAUUAAUGUCGGGCGACGACACAGUCAAUCAAGAGUUUCAUGGUAUUGACAUGUGGAUGAUGAAAAAAGCGCUAUCAGUUCUGGAGAGUAAAGGAAAAGCCCAGAUGUUUGAGGCACCAGAUGCCACUGAUGAAAGUGGAUUGGGAGUCAAGUUCUACAACUAGUCUACAGAUUGAAUUCCGAUCAUUUUAGUGAACUUACACACGGCUUGCAAUCAAAGUCAUAAAACACACUAAUUCUACAAUCUAAAUUGAGCAUUGCGGUAAUUCACCUUUUCGGCGCUAGCCGUCACGCGGUAUAAAUUGUUUUAGAUUGUGUUACGGUCACUAAAAAGUUCGGACAUUGUUCUCGAACUUCCGUACAAAGGUACUGACUUUAAAUGAAUUAUUUACUUGGCUAAUGUUUAGUUAGUUCUCUAAAUACAAGUAAAGAUCUAGCUUGAUUGAAGCUUUUCUUACUGCUGUUAAGAUAGCUAACU